AUGGAAAAUUAUGAUGAGAAUGAAGGUUACACCAUGCAUGGUGAAAAAGUGGUUAUUUCUGGGAUCUCGGGACGUUUUCCGAAUUCAAAUAAUCUGAGAGAACUUUCGCAUAAUUUGUAUAAUAAAGUGGAUAUGGUUGAUGAUGUUGAAAGUCGUUGGAAAGAUUUCCAUCCAGAAGUUCCACCACGAUCAGGAAAAAUUAACAACUUGCAUAAGUUUGACGCUUCAUUUUUUUCAAUUCACAAUCGAUUAGCACACAUAACUGAUCCUCAAGCACGAAUCCUUUUGGAACAUUGUUAUGAAGCGAUUCUUGAUGCCGGCGUUAGUCCACAAUCUUUAAUUGGCAGUCGAACAGGUGUUUUUAUCGGUGUCAGUAAUUCUGACUCAAAAGAUAUGUUCAUAUUUAAAGUACCGACAAAAGACGGCAAUGGAAUUACUGGUAAUGCUAAUUUCUACUUAGCAAAUCGAGUAAGUUUUGCUUUAGGAUUAUGUGGGCCAUCAUUUAUUGUUGAUACAGCUUGUAGUAGUUCGGCAUAUGCAUUAGAUCUGGCUUUCAAAUGCCUUCAAGAUGGAUCUUGUGAUGCGGCUUUAGUUGGUGGUACACAAUUAUCUUUAAACAUAACUACAACGACAGAAUUUAAAAGGGGACGAAUUCUGGCUGCUGAUGGCAUAUGUCGUCCUUUUGAUAAAGAAGCCACAGGAUUUUCUCGUUCGGAUACAAUCGGAGUUCUAUUUCUUCAAAAGUUAAAAGACUCAAAAAGAAUUUAUGCUCAUGUUCUGACAAUUAAUACAAAUAAUGAUGGAUUUAAGCUGGAAGGAACAAGUUUUCCUUCUCGUUACCGACAACAACAACUGUUUGAAGAAUGCUUUGCCAAAUUGAAAAUAAAUCCCAAUUUAAUAGAUUAUGUUGAAGCACAUUCGACUGGAACUAUAAUUGGUGACUCUGAAGAAGUUUCAGCAAUUGAUGGAGCUUUCUGUAAAGACCGACAAAAACCAUUAAUCAUUGGUUCUGUGAAAUCAAACUUGGGGCAUACUGAAGCAGCGUCAGCUAUUGCGUCAAUAGCAAAAGUGGUUUUAACAUUUGAAAACCAGAUAAUUCCACCGAAUAUAAAUCUUAGGGAGUUGCGUGAUGAUAUUUCAGCGUUUGCUGAAGGCAGAAUUAGAGUUCCGAUCGAACCUGAAAGUUUCCUGGGUCAGUUUAUUGCUUUGAACUCAUUUGGGCUUGGUGGCGCCAAUGCUCAAGCUAUUUUUAAAGGAAAUUCAAAGUCAAAGAUUAAUAAUGGAAUUCCUAAUGACAAGCUGCAUCGAUUAAUUUGUUGGGCAGGUCGAACCGAAGAAGCUAUAGAUUCUAUACUUGAUGAUGUGUUAAGUCGACCCCUCGAUGUUGAACAUAUUGCCUUACUUCAAAGCUCACAAGUCAUGACUUCAUCAUCCAACAUUUAUCGUGGGUUUGGUAUAUUCGAAUCGAAUGGAAAGGAAAAUGCUAAAUGCAUUCAUCGAAACGUACAACAUUUUAAUACUGCUAAACGACCAAAUGUGUGGGUCUAUAGUGGAAUUGGUUCACAAUGGGUUGGAAUGGGAAAAGAUUUGAUGAAAAUUCCAAGAUUUGCUGAAUCGAUUGAAAUAUGUCACAAUAUUCUCAUUCCUAAAGACAUUAAUAUUAAAGAAAUAAUUUCAUCAGCUGACAAAAGAAUAUUUGAAAAUAUUCUUAAUUCUUAUGUUGGAAUAACAGCAAUUGAAAUAGCAUUGACCGAUGUAUUGAAAUCUUUAGGACUCCAACCCGAUUAUAUUAUUGGCCAUUCUGUUGGAGAAAUUUGCUGUGCAUAUUGUGACGGUUGUUUAACUAUUGAAGAAGCGAUGCUUGUAGCUCAUGCUCGCGGAUCUUCGAAUGAAAAUACGAAAGUAAUUCUUGGUGGAAUGGCAGCUAUUGGUUUAAAUCAUAAAGAAGUUCUAAAGCUAAUUCCAAAAGAUAUCGAUAUCGCAUGUCAUAAUUCGAAUGAUUCAACGACAAUCUCGGGACCAAAGAAAAGUAUUGAAUGCUUCGUUGAAGAACUUUCUUCAAAAAAUAUCUUUGCGAAAGAGAUUGAAUGUUCAGGUGUGCCCCUUCAUAGCAGAUAUAUUAAGGAAAUGGGAGCUAAUUUUUAUAAACAACUCACCAAAAUCAUCAGACACCAAAAAAGAAGAUCGACGAAAUGGUUGAGCUCAACUUAUCCAAUGGAUGAAUGGGGAAAGGAAGAAGCUCAGUAUUCAGGUGUCAAAUAUCACACAAAUAAUCUUCUUCAUCCUGUCUACUUUCAAGAAGUCCUUGAACAACUACCUGAGGAUAUUAUUUCAAUUGAAAUUGCACCACAUGGCCUUUUAAAGCCUUUAUUGAAGAGGUCGUUUAAAAAUGGGACCCAUUUUAAUCUUACACAGCGUAAUGAAACAAAUGGAUGCGACUAUUUGAUGAACAUUUUAGGACAAAUCUUUCAAAAUGGUAUGGAUUUCGAUGCAAGCAAGCUAUAUCCUCCAGUUGAGUUUCCUGUUUCCCGUGGGACACCAAUGAUUGCACCUGUUAUCAAAUGGAACCACAGUGAAGAUUUUAUGGUAGCAAUAAUGAAGACAUUUGAUUGGUUUGAUAAGCGAAGUGUGUUGAUUAACAUUAGUGACAAGGACUAUGAACAUAUUCAAGGGCAUGUCAUUGAUGGAAAAUUUCUUUUUCCCGGAACUGGCUUGAUUUUCCUAGUUUGGGAGACUUUCAGCAUGAUGAACGGAUGUAAACAAGAAAAUUUUUCUGUGAUAUUUGAAGAAGUUAAAUUUCUUCGUGCAACAAAUCUUACAAAGAAUCAAGACAUCAUCUUAACUAUAAGCAUUCAUAAAGCUUCUGGGAUGUUUGAGGUUACUGAAGGACAAUCAGCUGUCGCUAUUGGUGUUGUUAAAGCAAAUGAAGACCCCGAAAUGUCUCGUUUUACGCCUCCCGAUUACGAUGACAAUUUCACCCUUCUUGAAAAUGAUUUUUAUAAAGAAAUGCGGUUGCGAGGUUACAAUCAUCAUGGCCUAUUUAGAGCGAUAAGAGAGUCGAGAAAUGAUGGAUUACGUGGGAAGAUUCAAUGGAACAAUGAUUGGAUGACGUUCAUCGAUUGUCUACUUCAGUUCAAAGUGUUGAAAAAUGAGUCUCGAAUGUUAGUGUUGCCAACAAAAUUCCGAAAAUUGAUAAUCAAUCCAUUCAUCCAUCACGAAAUUAUUUCAAAAUCAUCAGACAAAUUGAUCGAUGUUAUGACAUGCCCCUACUCAAAUAUUAUUCAAGCAGGUGGAGUUGAAAUUCAUGAUUUUGAAGGAAGUACUGUCAAUCGAAGACGGCCGCAGGCUGAUCCAAUUUUAGAAUCUUACAAAUUCAUCCCGCACAUCUCUUCAAACUCAUUUUUGAUAUCAGAUAUGGACGCUGUAAAAUUUUGCACCCAAAUUUUACUCGAGAAUGCUGCAGUGACAAAAAUAGUUUCAGUAGAAAUUGACGCAAAAGACGACAAAGAUCCUUUAAGUGAAUGCAUUCACGAGGCAAUUAGCAACGUUCCAAUGGUUACUUCAACAACAAAUUACCUAACAUCGAGAAAGCUUUCAAUCGAUAACGUAAAUGUUGUUCAUAAUGAUCUGUGGGAGUUUGAGAAUGUACAUUUGAUUGUAAAAUCAGAAUGUUUAGAUGAUAACGAGUUCUUGAAGUCAGCAAAAGCAGCUAUUGGCUUUGAUGGUUUCAUUAUAUCACGAGAAUCUCGCAACAAAAAACUUCCAUUUAAGACAUCAUCGAAUCAUAUCGAUGUUAUUGCAACGCUUUUCACAGAACAUGAAUUGAUUGUAUUAGCAAAGUUUGCAAAAGAUGAAUAUAAUCAACCAGAUAAAGCAAUAAAAAUCACUUCGGACAAUGACGACUGGCUGGAGCCACUUAAGUAUGCAUUGAAAAAUUAUUCUUCCGUUAUCGUUUAUUCUGAACAUGAAAAGCAUUCAGGAAUCAUAGGAUUAACAAAUUGCAUUCGAAAGGAACUCUCUAAUCCCUCUUCUUUAAGGUGCUUUGCAAUUGAAGACUCAACGGCACCACCAUUCGACAUGAACCAUCCGUUUUAUGAGCAACAAAUCAAACUGGGAUUGUCGAUAAAUGUUUAUAAAGAUAGUCAAUGGGGAAGUUAUCGGCACCUACAAUUGCAAAUAACAAACGAAAUAAUACCACGUGAAGGACAUUUCCAAGUAAUUUGCACCAUGAAAGGCGAUUUAUCAACAUUAAGUUGGGUCAAAGGAAAGCAUACAUUGUCUAAAAUUAAACAAAGUCAACAAAGUGUUAGAAUCAAAUGUUCAGCUUUAAAUUUCCGAGAUGUUAUGAUUGCUUCGGGUAAAAUUCAUUUUGAUUUCGUGGAUCGAAUUGAAUGGCAAAAUAUUAUUGGACAUGAAUUUGCUGGUGUAACAAACGAUGGACGAAGAGUUGUAGGAUUUUGUAAUUUAGGUGGAAUUGCCACUUAUUUUAGUGAUCCUAAUUGUUUGCUUUGGGAAAUUCCUGAUAGUUGGUCAUUUGAAGAAGCUGUCACAACACCUUUGGUAUAUUCGACUGUGUUCUUAGCAUUCUUUUCAAGUGCAGCCAUCAAACAAGGCGAAUCAAUUCUAAUCCAUGCUGGAAGUGGUGGUGUGGGAAUUGCUGCUAUUCAUGUUGCUUUGCACUAUGGUCUCGAAGUUUACACAACAGUCAGCAGUAAAGAGAAACGAGACUUUUUACUGAAUGAAUUUCCAAGUUUGAAAUUAGAAAAUAUCGGAAAUUCUCGAGACACUUCUUUCGAACAUAUGAUCGCAAAGAACACCAAAGGCUGUGGUGUCAAUUAUGUUUUAAAUUCUCUCUCCGACGAUAAACUAUUGGCAUCACUACGGUGUCUUGCUGAGAAUGGAACGUUUUUGGAGAUAGGAAAAUUUGAUAUCAUGAAUAAAACUAAGAUUGAUUUGGGCUUUUUAGCAAAAAAUAUAAAGAUCAAACCAGUUUUCAUUAAAGCACAUGGUAAAGAAGUCGAUGCAAAUAUGAAAACUGUCUACAAAUUUUUUAAAGAUUCUAUGGAAAAAGGUAUCGUGAAGCCUUUGAAACAAACAGUGUUUGAAGCUAGCGAUAUCCAAAAUGCUUUUCGCUAUCUUGCAACUGGAAAACAUAUUGGAAAAGUUGUCAUAAAGAUUCGUGAAAAUGAUGAAAGUCAGUUAUCCCUUCCUAUUCCUGCUGUGCCAAGAGUUUAUUGCCAGAAAAAUUUAUCUUACAUCAUCGUCGGUGGUUUAGGUGGAUUUGGAUUAGAAUUUGCCGAUUGGCUUGUUCUGAGAAAUUGUAAAAAACUUAUCCUGACAUCAACCAAAGGUAUCACGAAUGGAUAUCAAGCAUCAAGAAUAAGAACCUGGCAGGGUUACGGAGUUCAAGUGUGUGUGAGUACGGCAGAUGUUACAACAAAAAAUGGAUGUGAAGAUCUCAUCAGACUCGCAUCAGAUUUUGGGUCUGUUGGCGGAAUUUUUAAUCUCGCUGUUGUACUUAGAGAUGCUAUGUUUGAGAAUCAAAAUGCUAAAUUAUUCAAAGAGUCGUUUGAUCCCAAGGCAAUUGCGACACGUCACUUGGAUGAAGUUUCACGUGAACUUUGCCCUGACUUGCAGCAUUUUGUUGUUUUCUCAAGUGUUUCAUGUGGUCGUGGAAAUGCUGGUCAAAGCAAUUAUGGAAUGGCUAAUGCAAUCAUGGAGCGAAUAAUUGAAAAACGACAUAGGCUCAAACUUCCUGCUAAGGCAAUUCAAUGGGGCGCUGUUGGAGACGUCGGAUUGCUAGCUGACUUAAUCGAUAAAAAUUUAGAUAUGCAAAUUAGUGGAACUUUACCUCAAAAAAUUACUUCUUGUCUUGAAGUUUUAGAUGUUCUGUUGGAAUCUGACGAACCGAUCGUUGAAAGUAUGGUGGUUGCUGAAAAGAAGUUUUCUGAAAUUGGAAAAGGCAACAUCAUUGAAAUGUUAUUGAAUAUCCUUGGCAUUCGUGAUAAGAAGUCUGUCUCAAUGGAUGCAUCCUUAUCUAAAAUUGGACUCGAUUCUCUGAUGAGUGUAGAAAUCUCACAGUUACUGGAACGUGAAUUUAAUAUUUUCCUUUCACUAAAAGAACUUCAAAUGAUGUCACUUCAUGAAUUAGAACAGAGAACAAAACCAAAUAGAAGAAAUGUAAAUGAUUCUAAUUCCAUGAUUGAUUCGCUGAAAGCAUCGCCACAAAGCGGAUUACAAAUGCUUCUCAGUAACAUAGGUAAAGAAAGAAAAAGUGACGAUACGAUUCUUCAAUUGAAAAGCAUUUCAAAUGGAAGCAAAGUGAAAGCUUUAAUUGUUCCGGGUAUUGAAGGUAUGAGUGCAGAUGUUUGGGAGAAAUUGGCAGAAAAAUUAAACUUUGAUACGUACAUCCUCCAACUUCAUAAAAGUUUUGAUUCUUCAAGCAUUAAGGGUAUUUGUAAUCAUAUUACAGAGGAUGUUUUGAAGUUCUAUGCUGAUAGCAAUGAAUUUCUUUUAAUCGGAUAUUCGUUUGGUACACUUUUAUCUUUGGAAAUUGCCAAAAUAUUAGAGAUGAAUAGCAAAUCUGGCAGCAUAGUUAUGGUUGAUGGAUCUCCGACAUUUUUCAAACGAUUCACAAAAUUCUUAGGACAUAGCGACACAAAUGAUGCGAGCAUUCAGAGAGAGAUUCUUACGAGUCUUAUUCACAUGGAGUUUCCCGAUAAUCAUGAAGAUAUUGCCAGUGAAGUAUUCUCAAAACCUGACUUGAAUACGAAAUUAGAAUCUUUCAUCAAUCUAUAUGAAACUAUGCACAACUUCAAAAGAAAAAAAAAAUAUUCAAAGGAAUGGAUUAUUGCGCUCUUCAAACGCUUCAAAAUGGUUCAAGCAUUAAACGAAAAUUCUUUUCCAACUUUAGAAUCGUCGAGAAUGUCUCUUGUUGUCCCAAGUGAGAAGCUGUUCAACGACAUCAGCAUCAACUACGAUUUGAAUCUUUAUACUUUAAAUGAUAUUCAAACCUUAGUUAUAGAUGGAAAUCACGUCUCAAUUUUACAUAAUCUUGAGCUACCGAAAUUUCUAAAUUGUUUGAAAUAG